AGAAUAGAACCCAGGUCCUCUCGCUUGCAAGGUUGUGAAGUGAAGAAGAGCGCUGCCCCACCUCAUUUCUCAGCAUGAUAACACAGAACGUCAGUGAAACGUGGCUCUUUAUCAACAACCGUGCAUCACUUCAUCAUGACAUUCAGCUUCAAGUUCAAGAUACAAAGUUAUUUCACGAUAGCUGGAACAUAGCCUGCUUUGUCAUUUUACUGUUGUUUGUUCUUGCUGUUAUCAGCUUGGUUAUGUUAGCAUUUCUAUACGAGCUGUUUAACUGCUGCUGCUGCGCCAAUGACAAAAGUAUAAAUUCCAUGGAAAACAAACGCCAUCCAGUAAGAGCUAUGAUGGAUUCCAUGAGAAGGCACAAAGUUGAAGUAGUUUAAAAAAAUGAUUGAUUAUCCUCACUUAAAAGUAAUAAACUGAAAUACACAAGAAAUUCAGUAUGGUUUCAAUGGAAUGGAGAAAAUGUUUGGAGGGUAACAUGAAACAACCACUUCUAUUUCUCAGGAGGAAAAACAAUUAUCACUACUACUUUAGAGGUGCCUUUUCCAGUAAGAUUCUCGCUGACACUGGAGUACAGCUAUGAGUGUACAAUGCCAACAAUUGUUUGAUUACAUUACUUUCUGAUUGACUUUUUCUGAAAAUAGAAUACUGUAAAACAAAUAAAUGUUUCACAUUAAUCUACACAGAUGCACACUUCAUCUCACAAAGACAGUAUGAACCCCCCAGCCAACACCCUUUGUCUCCCAACCCUCUCAAAUUCAACCCCAUCCUCGAGUACAAACCCUCAACUGUCUAGCACUUGGGAUAAUCUCGCGACGUGAAAGGCGAUAAAUGUAAAUAAAUGCAAUUUGGUGUUAUUACAACAAUAAAGGUCAUUGGGUCUCACAAGAUUAUCCCUAUUCCAUCGUUCUCAAUCCUAGCUAUGUACCUUUUCAUCAUAUCACUAUUACACAAGACAAACUGCAGCAUG